UUGAUAUCCGGUGCGACAAUGAGAAGGGCUCAACCACCUCCAGGGUUGUCUCCUUCUUCGAUAAACAUUUGCAAAGCUUAUCAUGGACGUUCACAUGACACUCCUAUGGUUGAUUUUGAGGAAGAUGAGGCCGAUGAAGAAGAUAUUGACUAUGAAGAAGAAGAGGAAGGAGAAGAAGAUGAGGAUGAUGAAGAAGAUGAUGAAGAAGAUGAAGAGGGAGGAGUUGAUAUCAUUGACAUGGGAUCAUUUUCUGAACCAGGAAGAAAGUUUUUGUCUAAAGUGUGGCAAGAAUAUGAGCCUAUUCGUGUUGAUGUCAUAGUUGUAGCUGCUGAGUGCAAACAUUGUGCAAGGAAUAUUUUUGCUGAGCGUAAACAUGGAACAAGUUCAUUGCGCAAACAUUUGAAGAGAUGCAAGGAAAGGAAGAAGGUUCUUAGAGUUUCUGGGCAGCUGAGUGCUUCUAUAGUGAGUCCGGAUGGAGUUGCAAUGGGGCUUUGGACCUUUAAUCAGGCAUUAGCACGUCGAGAGCUCAUGAGGAUGAUCGUGUUGCAUGAGUUGGCAUUCUCAUUGGUGUAGUAUGAUGGAUUCAGAAGAU